ACCACCCAAUCACCCCUUCCACUCUCUCCCCCCUCUGCACCACUCAACCGCAGCUCCUUCUGCAUUUUACCCCUCCUCUUCUUCCUUCUGGACACUAGCUCCGCUCCCCCAUCCAGCUCCUCCCAGCUGAGCCACCCAGCCGCAGGAUGGCCGCAGUGAUGAAGGCUCUUGCUGUUGCCUCGCCGGUCUCAGCGCGGGCACAGCCACGUCGAUGCGUUGCAGGUUCUGGUUCCCCUAGCCAGCAGAGCUUGUACUCCUCCUUCAGCGGCGUGUCCUUGCAGUGCCGGCCAGCGCCCCGACCACGGCUAUGCUGCAGCUCCCGUUCCACGGUGCAGGUGGUGAUGAUGGCGAAGCCGUCGAUCCAGUUCAUCCAGGGCACGGACGAGCAGACGAUCCCCGACGUGCGUCUGACCAAGUCCCGGGACGGCACCAACGGCGUGGCCAUCUUCACGUUCGAUGAGCCGUCGGUGUUCGACUCGUCGGCGGAGCUGGGGGACAUCACGGGGUUCUACAUGAUCGACGAGGAGGGCGUGCUGCAGUCGGUGGACGUGAGCGCCAAGUUCGUGAACGGGAAGCCGGCGCGGAUCGAGGCCAAGUACGUGAUGCGCACGCCCCGGGAGUGGGACAGGUUCAUGCGCUUCAUGGAGCGCUACUCCCAGGCCAACGGCCUCCAGUUCGUCAAGAAGUGAUCUCUCGAUCAAUCCAAGGCAAUAUCCAUUGCCUUCACUUCACUGAAUCACUGUGCCUUCUUCCUUUUUUCUGACACUGCCGUGGGCUGGUAAGCUUGGUACUGGGCUGUGCGGUGUGUGCCCUGUGAUUCUUCCUAUCUGAUGCGAGUGAAAUUUUGUAGAAAACAUAUGAACUACAAAAUGGGAGGCUUGUUUAUGCA